AUGGAGAUAUUCAGAGCUCUUCCAAAGGAAUUGGUAGAGGAGGAGAUACUGACUCAAGUUCCGGUUAAGUAUCUGAACGGAUUGAGAUCGACUUGUAAACAAUGGAACCGUUUGUUUACCGGUGACCGGAGAUUCGCAAGGAAGCACAGCGACAAAGCCGCCAAGCAGUUUCUGGUUCUCAUGUUGACGAGGUUCUUCAGGAUUCGUCCGACAAUCGUCGAUCUCGACGGAAACGUUCCAACUUUCGAGGUAAAAACUGAGCUUAACCUAGUCGAUCCGCAUUCUGAGCAUCCUGGAGCUCAAUUCGAUGUAGGCGCAGUCUUUCACUGUGACGGCCUCUUGUUAUGCACCUCCGUGGACGAGUCUAGAUUCGUGGUUUGGAACCCGUUAACCGGCGAAACCAGGUGGUUCCAACCCACCUAUCGUCCCCCGAGAGGCCGCAUCUUUGCGCUCGGAUACGGCAUGAAGAAGAGCUACAAAAUCUUAAGCUAUUAUCUUGAUAAGAAAGAUGUUGAAAUCUACGAGUUUAGCUCUGAUUCGUGGAGGGUUGUUGGUGAUGCCAUGCCUCGAGGCUUCACCCUUGGAUGCUGCGGUUUGAGCGUGUCUCUGCAGGGAAGCACUUACUUGUUCGCUCAUGAUGAAACAAAAACGGAUACUUUCGUGUCCAUGGUCAAGUUUGAUUACUCAUCGGAGAAAUGUGUACCUCUGCCUCUUCCCUAUCAGCUGCCUAAUCGUCGUUGUGAGGUUACAUCUCUCUCCGUUGUGAAAGACGAGAAACUCUCGCUCUUGUUACAGCGCGACGUUGCAUCCAAGACUGAGAUAUGGUUGUCAAAUACGAUUGGUGAGACCACCAAGGCGGUGUCGUGGAGCAAGGUCUUGACAUUGGACUUGAGCCCUGAUCUUCAAGUUUUUGACGAGGGAAGUUUCGUGUUCGACGAGGAGAGGAAAGUCGUCUUGAUUUCUGAGAAGUGGCGUGACUAUGGAGACGGUGACUUUGGAGACGGUGGCUUUGGAGACGAGACCCCGAGCAAAGACAUGAUAUACAUUGUUGGGGAGGACAAUGUAGUCACACAAGUGGAUUUUGGACUAGAGGAAGUUAAUGGAUGUCAGGCAGUUAUCCUUGAUUAUGUUCCGAGUUUGGUUCCAAUCGAGCGACCUGGAGGCAAAAGGCAAAGAGCUGACCUCUGA